AUGCAAGGUCUCCGGACAGUUCUCCGCCAUCCCAGCCCACCGUCCAUACCCUCAGCUGCGACAUCUUUAUCCCACUUACACGAGUCUCACCAUGUCCCGCGCCCGCAACAGACAGCCUCUUUCUCGGUCCUCAACCGCCCACCGCCCAAAUACGAAGGCCACGUCCCACUCACCGGCGUCGAACGCUUCGCCCUGGCCCUCGGCUCCGGCAUCGGCUCUCUGAUCAACCCGUACCGGGCGGACCUGAUCGCGGCCUGCGGCGAAGCCACCGCGACGCCGUACUUCAUCUACCGGCUGCGGCGGGCCAUGCUGUCGAGCCCGACGGGGCGGCGCAUCCUCCGCGACCGGCCGCGCAUCACCUCCCAGUCGCUGGACCUCCCGCACCUGCGCACGCUGGGCCCCAACACCGUGGGCGGCAACUACGUCGCCUGGCUCGACCGCGAGGGCGUGAGCCCCGACACCCGCGCCAGCGUCAAAUACAUUGACGACGAGGAGUGCGCCUACGUCAUGCAGCGCUACCGGGAGUCGCACGACUUCUACCACGCCCUGACCGGCCUGCCCAUCGUGCGCGAGGGCGAGGUGGCCAUCAAGGCUUUCGAGUUCGCCAACACCCUGCUGCCUAUGACGGGCUUCGCGUGCCUGGCUGUCGCCACCAUGAAGCCGAGCGAGCGGAAGAGGUUCUGGGAGGUCUACGGGCCCUGGGCGCUGCGGAAUGGACUGAGGAGCGAGGAGGUCAUCAACGUGUAUUGGGAGGAGGAGAUGGCAACGGAUUGUGGAGAGCUGAGGAAACGCUUGGGCAUCGAGAGACCGCCGGACAUGCGAGAGACGAGAAAGAAGGAGAGAGAAGAGAGGAAAAAGAGAAAAGAUGCAGCAAAAGCUAUGGAGGAUGUUGCCGCUGCCCCAUAA